AUGAAAUUUAUAUUUUAUUUGGGUGUCCUUGCUGGGACAGUUUUCUCUACUCAUGCAUCUGUGCAGAAAGACGACCAUGCUCCCUACUUGGUAUACCUCAAGUCGCACUUCAACCCCUGUGUGGGUGUCCUCAUCAAAAACAACUGGGUGCUGGCCCCAGCUCACUGCUACUUACCAAACCUGAAAGUGAUGCUGGGAAAUUUCAGGAUCAGAGUCAGAGAUGGCACAGAGCAGACAAUUAACCCCAUUCAGAUUAUCCGCUACUGGAACUACAGCCAUAGCGCCCCCCAGGAUGACCUCAUGCUCAUUAAGCUGGCUAAGCCUGCCAACUUCAACAACAAAGUCCAGCCACUUUCCCUCGCCACCAGCAAUGUCCGGCCAGGCACUGUCUGUCUGCUCUCAGGUUUGGACUGGAGCCAAGAUAACAAUGGCAGGCAUCCUGAUUUAAGGCAGAACCUGGAGGCUCCUGUGAUGUCUGAUAAAGAGUGCCAGAAAACUGAACAAGGAAAAAGCCACAGGAACUCCUUAUGUGUGAAAUUUGUGAAAGUGUUCAGCCGAAUUUUUGGGGAGGUGGCCGUCGCUACUGUCAUCUGCAAAAACAAGCUCCAGGGAAUCGAGGUCGGUCACUUCAUGGGAGGGGAUGUCGGAAUCUACACCAAUGUUCACAAAUAUACCUCCUGGAUUGAGAACAUCACUAAGGAUAAAUGA